AACACAGCCAAUAAAAUGGCGUGGAAUCAGAUCAAGUACUCGAUGCUGAACCUUCGAAGCUCUGAUUUCUCUAUCCGUGAAGAAUCCAUGGAUUCCCAGAUUCUGAGCUCUCCACGCUCGCUCUCCAUCGCUUCCGAGCCUUCAGAUCUGAAAAACUGGUUCCCCAGCUACCAAUAUGAAUCACCUGCACUGAAGUCCAAUUCUUUUCUCGAUGAUACCGUUGUCCCCGAAACUGAGAUGGAAGAAAACUCAGGUGGGUUCGAGAGAAAUGGAACAAAAAAUGAAGCUUUUAUUCCUAAGAACGAAACCCCAAAUGGGGUUGUGAAAUGUGGCAGCUUUUCUGGAUAUGAGCACGAAAGCCAUUUGUUAAGUAAGAUCCCAAGUUCUUUGGAAUCAACUUCGUUCGUUUCAGAGCCCACCGACAUCAGACACUGGUACUCAAGCUAUGCAUAUGAAUCGCUAUCGUUGGAUACAAUUGAUGGUGUUGGAAAUUCCAUUUGCGAAGUGAGUAAACACGAGGAGGAUGGCUUUUUGGUUGAAAACAACAGAGGAAAAGAAAAGGUUUCGGAGGAUUUUAGUAUAAACAGAAGUGAUUCUGAAGAGGUUAGUGGGAGAGCUCCUAAGGAGGAAAGGCAGCCUGUAAGAGAGACUCCAGGUCCUUUAGAGCCGCCUUCGCAACUGUCAGAGCCUACUGACAUCAGAAACUGGUUCUCAAGCUAUGUGUACGAGUCUCCGUCCUAUGAUACAAAUACAACUGAUGGUUUUCGAGAUCCUGUUUGGAAAGAAAACAAAAGUGGGAAGGAUGGGUUUCUGGUUGAUAAUAGCCACAGAGAAAAUGAAGAGGGCUUGGAGGGUUAUAAUGAAAAGGGAACUGAUGGCGAAGCGGUUUCUGAUUUACAGUCGGAAGGGCUUGCAAAAUGCAUCACCUCUUGGAGAGAUAAUAAGCAGAAAACACAGCCUGGUCGCCCUAGCUAUGGAGUAAGCGAAAACCUACUUAGUCAGAAUGAUUUGUGUCUCAAGCAUAUGCCUAAAUCAUGGAGAACCAAAGUCAUCGCCCAAGCACAAGAUGUCGAAAUGUCAAUCUUGAACAAGGAAAGUUGUCAAUGCAAGCUAUCGCCUAAGACUUUCAAGGGAACCAAAAUUAAGCCAUCGGACAACGAAAAAGGUCCAUGCAGGAACUAUGAGAAGUCUUCACAAGGCAUGACUCCUAGCAAGGCCUUCACUUCACAGGAGAACUCAGAACCAGAAUUCCACACAGAAGUUGAUUGUAUAUCAACUGGAAGUGAUUCGGAUUUAAUUCCAAGCAAUGGAGUGUCAGAACGAAAACCAACUCAUGGAAGCAGAGACAGAAAAGAUGACGGAAAUGAAAUAUCCGAAAAUGGUUUUAUAACAACUAGGAAAGGCAAACUUACAAGAAACAAUCAGGAAAAGAUUGUGGAACGACCGCAAGAGAUUAGUAAAAUGACAGCUCCAAUAGUCGUGAAAAGAAAAGCCUUGGCAGAUGCAACAAAUAUUCAUCAUUCUCCUGUGGCGGGGAUUACAGGGAAAUGGAAGUGUCCUCAGAAAAGUAAGCCAAAUCGAGGACCCGCUUUGAAGCAGCUUCGACUUGAGAAAUGGGUUCGUAAGUUGUGAAAGCUUAGCAAUUGGGUGUUUCGACAUUGAGUAGAUUCCGGUGGAAUGUAAAUGAUUCUGAUGCCAUGAUUGAUUAGGCUAAUUGCUCAUAAGUAGCUAUCAUUUGAAAGAGGAUCAUAACUAGUUAUCGAAUCGAUGAUUUACCAAAUAAGAAUGUAAUGGAUAGGAGAAGGAAAUAACCUUGGCUACUUGCUUUAUCUGGUUAAUCAUUGAUUCGAUAACAUUUCAAGCCAACC